GAAAACCCAAAGACAAACAAACCGGAAUGUUAACCGCAGCUCUGCCAGUCCGCCCUCCACCGUUCUAGAUCGAUCACUGUCUUUGAAAUCCCACUCGUCGAUUACUUCACUUUUACGUGACACUUGCCUGCACGACUCACCAUGCUCGCCGCAACACUUUUCCUCGCCACAGCGCAGCUGGCCGCGGCGAUCAACUUCGCGGACUACGACCCGCAGCCCGGACUCCCGGCAGAGGUCAAGCCAUUCCUCGAGGCUCUCGUCAACGCAGCCGAGGACGGCAGCGUCACAACUGGCUAUACCGACUACUUCCCCGCAGAUGGCAUGCAGACGACCGAGAAUAUUCACUGCGUUGGUGCCGCUGGAAUCCAGAAAUGCAAGGAUGCCUUCCUUGUCAACGGCAGAGAGCUGGUGCACUUCCCCAACAAGACAUUCGUUGCGUCCAACAAUGAAACAGCAACGACCUAUGAAUCGUGGGGCCGCAUGGAACAGACUUACCCUGCGCCCAUAAACAACUGCUCUCAGCUCUAUUACCAAACACAGUACACGGUCUUGAAGACAAAUCAGAGUGUGGACGCUCUUCCGAAUCUGACGCCUGAGCCCCAACAACAGGUGUACUGGUACCAUGACCUUGUGGUCAGCCCAUUUGCUUUGAUCUCCGACAUUCCAUGCGACAGUCUGAAGACGGCAAAGAGAGGCCUUCCGUUCAUGGCUUGA